AUGUCGCUGGGAAUCAGGAACAAUUUACAGCAGCCUAUGAUUGUAUCUGCUAAUACGCCUGUGUUCAGCGAUCCUGAGCAUAGUGCAUUCAUCUUCUUAUAUCCUUUGCACCUAAAAGAAAUGGCAACAUGGGCUCUACAUGUGAAAUGAACGCCGCGAUGAGUGUUUGGAGAAGACUGCCUCUGUUUGUUUUGGCGAGCUCCCUCUGCUUGUGCCUGAGCAGAGCUGAAGACAGCUCGAUGGAAAACAUCGUGACAGAGAAGAAAGCUGAAGAAAGCCACAGACAAGACAGUGCCGACCUGCUGAUCUUUAUCCUGCUCCUUACCCUGACAAUCUUGACCAUAUGGUUGUUCAAACACCGCCGGUUCAGGUUUCUGCACGAGACUGGACUGGCUAUGAUAUAUGGGUUGCUUGUGGGUGUCGUACUGCGUUAUGCUAUUCAUGUGCCCAGCAACAUGAACAAUGUUACAUUGAGCUGUAAUGUCAAUGCCAGUCCAGCUACACUGCUGAUGAAUGUCAGUGGUAAGUUCUACGAGUAUACACUGAAAGGAGAGAUCGGUGCCAAUGAAAUCAAUGACAUCCAGGACAACGAGAUGCUCCGCAAGGUGACCUUUGAUCCAGAGGUCUUCUUUAAUAUUCUCUUGCCCCCCAUAAUAUUUCAUGCUGGAUACAGUUUAAAACGAAGACAUUUCUUCAGGAACUUGGGCUCCAUUCUUGUCUAUGCAUUUGUGGGAACCGUGGUGUCUUGUUUCAUCAUUGGGUUGUUAAUGUACGGCUGUGUGACGCUGAUGAAGCAAAUUGGCCAGCUGGGUGGUGACUUCUUCUUCACUGAUUGCCUUUUCUUUGGUGCCAUUGUCUCAGCCACUGACCCAGUAACAGUUCUGGCCAUCUUCAAUGAGCUUCAUGUGGAUACUGACCUGUACGCUCUGCUGUUUGGGGAAAGUGUCCUGAAUGAUGCCGUCGCUGUCGUACUGUCCUCGUCAAUUGUAGCAUAUCAGCCUGAGGGAAACAACAGUCACACGUUUGAAGCCAUGGCCAUGCUGAAGUCCUUUGGCAUCUUCCUGGGGGUCUUCAGUGGUUCUUUUGCUCUUGGAAUGGCAACUGGAGUGGUAACUGCAUUGGUUACUAAGUUCACAAAGCUUAGAGACUUACCAUUGCUGGAGACGGCACUGUUCUUCCUCAUGUCCUGGAGCACGUUCCUACUGGCUGAGGCCUGUGGAUUUACAGGUGUGGUGGCGGUUCUGUUCUGUGGAAUGACACAGGCUCAUUACACCUUUAACAACCUCUCUCCUGAAUCUCAGGACAGGACGAAACAAUUAUUCGAGCUACUGAAUUUCCUAGCUGAGAACUUCAUAUUUUCCUACAUGGGCUUGACAUUGUUUACCUUCCAGAACCACGUCUUCAAUCCAAUCUUCAUAGUGGGUGCAUUUCUGGCCGUGUUUCUGGGAAGAGCAGCAAACAUCUAUCCCCUCUCCUUCCUGCUGAAUUUGGGCCGCAAAAACAAGAUCACACCCAACUUCCAGCACAUGAUGAUGUUUGCAGGUCUUCGUGGCGCCAUGACUUUUGCCCUGUCGAUCAGGGACACGGCCACAUAUGCACGGCAGAUGAUGUUUUCCACCACGCUGCUGGUGGUUUUCUUCACCGUUUGGGUCUGCGGUGGCGGCACAACUCAGAUGCUAUCCUGCCAGAAUAUCCGUGUUGGAGUGGACGCAGAUCAGGAGAACUUUAUCGGCCCUGAUGGAGUGGAAAGGAGGAGCACUAAACAUGAGAGCGCCUGGCCCUUCAGAAUCUGGUAUAACUUUGAUCACAAUUAUUUGAAGCCCAUUCUGACCCACAGCGGACCACCUCUCACUGCCACACUUCCUACGUGCUGCGGUCCUCUGGCACGCUGCCUCACCAGCCCACAGGCAUAUGAGAAUGAAGAGCAGCUGAAAGACGACGACUCCGACCUGAUCCUGAAUGACGCUGACAUCACCGUGAGCACAGAUGCUACAGGUGCUCACACGAGCAGUACGGCCAUCGGAGGAGUGGCCGUGAACUCUGACGAGACUCUGGAUCGAGAGCUGGCAUUCGGCGACCAUGAGCUGGUGAUCCGAGGCACCCGAUUGGUCCUGCCCAUGGAUGAUUCGGAGCCCCCGCUGGCUCUUGACUCCCACCGCCACCGGCACAAGUAUGAAACGAUGAGCUGAACGGGGCAAGCGGCGACCGAACAAGUCUCUCUUCUCUAAAUCAUCUCUCAUCCGGAGCGAUCUCUCUCAGCAACACUCCUCUCUCUGUAGUGGCUGGUUUGAUGUCUCUACCUCAUUCUUCACUCUUUCUUUUACAUCAUUACAGAAAUGUAAAUUAUUAUUCACUUCUCUUCUGCAAAGCAUUAUGGACUUUUUUUCUGUUUCCGGCGACUCUGCCGCUAACAAGACUGCUUAGCACCUGACAUCACGGAUCGGAAGCAUGCUCUGGUUUCUCCAAGUUUAUCAUGACAAAAGAAUAAGCAUACUGAGUAUAUGUUUAUUGCCUGUAUAGCAAGGAGUAAAAUUGCUGUGACCUGGCCUGCAUGUUUAUUUGUGUCCUCUCUUGUCGUGCGACCGCUUGUUUAGGAGAAGUGAAAUGAGUCUGUGGCAUAUUCCUGUGGGUCUGAAGCUUUUUACUGCCUACUCUUGUUGUGACAGUCUAACAGAGGCAUGCUGACCGGUGGCACUGCGUUUGCUCUGCAGUUUCAAUCAAGUGCCUCGAAUGUAGUUUUCCCCCUUUGAGCAAAAUUGACACUCUUUGCCGUCCACUAGAGGGAGGCCUUGUGUUUUCAUACCGUUUUGUUUGUAUGAGUUGUGCGGGCGGACGCCAUUCACUCAGAACUCAGAGUAACUUGUGAUUGGCUUUAGAGACAUGCUUGGAUCUUAUAUUGUGACCUUUGACUGUGAAUCUAUGGAGGUUUUUACACCUUGUUGUUCAUGUUAUUGUUCUGCCCGGUCAGAAAAUCGAGGGCCAAUCAUAUAGUGCAAUUACUUUUUCUUUUUUUUGUUGUUGUUGUAACAUUUUUCUAAGACAACUAAUUGGAUAUUAGCUUUAUUCCAUGUAGUCAAAAACAAUUGAGCAAAUGUCAUGUUUAACUAAGAAUGUUUUUGACAUGGAUUUGAGAUUAUCGGUAUGCAUUGGUAUUACAAAACCACACUAAAAGUAAAAAAAAAAAUUGCCCUUAUUUUUUGUAGUUGGCAGAAUUAGGCGAUCAGUUUUAGAAAAAAAAAAAUCUGUGGGACUUCAUACGGUUAAUAUUUUUUUUUAUAUGGGCCUUUUUUCUUUUAUUCCAAAUUUAAUAAGUCCUCUUUGUGUGUUUAUGUUUUCUUACAAAUUAAAAAUCUUCAAAUUUUUGAAUAAUUUUAAAAGGGCUGAAUGAAUAAAAUAAGUUUUAACAUUCACACCAAAAAAAAACAAACAAACAAACAUUGUAUUGGGCAUCAGUCAAGUAGUUUCAGGCUUGACCAUGUGACCAAUUGAUGGUCAUCUGAAAAUGAACGCAGCGAAAUCAAUCUGCAUUAAUGGUAUUAUAGUAAGAUCUUUACAUUUAGACCUGCAUCCCAAUUUUCAUACUUUCCAUUCCAAAUUGUGUGUGAGUGACUGAGGAUUAGAAUUAGUGCAAAAAAUGUACAUGCUUCUUGCAGAAUCUGAAAGAUAUGAGCUUCUUUUUUUAAUAUGGCUGAUAAGAACCGAUACAAAGCAAAGGGUACUUCAACAAGGGGUCUAUGGUAUUAACACAAAAAUAUCACGUCCAAAAACUGUUGUACUGUUUUACUACGUACUCCAUGAUGUCUUUCCCAUCAGCAGUGAAGUAUAGUGUGUGUAAACUGGGAUGCUGCUAAUGAUUUAGAGUUAUAAUUGAUUGCAAGAUGAUGCAAGAAGGCAUGACCCAACACGAUCUGAAAAUGAAGGAACACUAGUAGAGGAGCGGACAGAUCUUUUGUUAAAUUCAGUCUGUGUUUGUAGUUUCUCUUUUGCUUUCUGGCAGUUAGUGGAUUGUGUAGAAACCGCCGUUGUUUGGAUGAGGGCCAGGGUGGUAUCAUUAACUGUGGAGCAGGAAGUGUUGAUAACACACCACCCUGCCAACAAUGUCUGUGCGGUGGAAAGUUGUACAUGCUCUGGAACGAGAGGAUGACGGCUGGUCAUCAUAGUGGCGCUACACCGAUAUCUCCUGCUGUGCAGGAUCAUGUGAUGAGAGGCCACAGUAUUAUAAUACACAGGAACAGUGUGUGUGUGUGUGUGUGUGUUUGAAUAGAUGCGGUAGAGCAUUGUUAGCAGAUUUGCACUUUUCAUUUUUAUUUUGCAUUAAUGAGAUAACUGAGAAACGCCUACUAAUACAUAUUUGUUUGUCAGAGCUUCAUGAGAUGAGCAAAUGAACUCCAAUACAGAUCAUGUCACUGCUUUUUGUCAUUUGAACGAGAAAUUCAGAGAUCCAGGUAAAUUCUUUUGGGGACAAAAAUAAUGUUAAGAGAAAAAAUGUUCAGUAUCUGUAAGCAGCAGCAGUAGCAGGAUUUCUUAAAUGUUUGUAUUUGUAGUUUUGAAGAAUGAAGCUCAUUCCUUUCAGACUGCAAAUGAAAUUAUGAGUAUGUGAAUCUUUGAAAUUCAGUGUAAGAGUGGACAGAACUGUGCAUCCCAGCUAGUCCAAAGUAGCAGAAGCCAGUUGAGUGGGCUUUAAUGAUGGUAAAUGUGCUGUUUGUACUGGGUCGUAGCUGUGUGUUUGUCAGAUGUGCAGAUCUACUCUAAUGUGUUGCAGGUACUGACUUGUUUACAUCUGUGUAAAUAUUCUCAUCUGUUCAUGUGCGUGCAAUGGUCAAUAAACAGCCUGUGCUUUCAAUGAAAUGA